CAUGUCAUAGCUGGGGUCUGCUGCUGCUGUUGCAUCAUCGGUGGAGGAACUGCAGUUAACAGUGUCGAAUACUUGACCAUGACUCCACUACUCAUCUUCAGGAUGCUCUGCGCUUGUCUUCUAUUGGGAGAGGUGUUUGGAUAUUAUGGAUAUUAUGGAAAUUGGGGAUUUCCAUAUGGAUAUUAUGGAUAUCCAGGCUAUGCCCAUGCCCAGGCAGCACGCCAGGCAGCCCCAGUGUCCCAGACCCAGAGCCCAGCACAGAAGCCCCAAGCUGCAGCCAAGGGACCUGGCCAAGUAUCCCAGGCCGAUGUGUCUCAGACUGGGCCCGCUGCAACACAUGAUGCUGGAGGUGACCUUGGAAGCUUCCCUGCCAGUGGUGGUGCUGGUGAUGCUGCCUCUAUGGAUGGUGCUGGUGCUGCUGCCUUUAUGGAUGGUGCUGGUGAGGCUGCCUUUAUGGAUGGUGCUGCUGGUGCUGCCUUUAUGGAUGGUGCUGGUGCUGCCUUUAUGGAUGGUGCUGGUGAGGAUGCCUUUAUGGAUGGUGCUGGUGAGGAUGCCUUUAUGGAUGGUGCUGGUGCAGAUGCAGACCGUCUCCUGGUCCUCACGGCUCCUUCGGGCUUCCAGAGCCGCUACGUGGUGCGCUCCUUCAACCGCUACCAGCGAGGGAAGAGGGUCUUCUCCCAGACCACCUACAUCCCCCUGGACUUCCCUCCACCGCCCCCUGCCUCUGGGGAGGGACCUGCAAUGGUCUCCAAACCUGAGGAGGACUCGCCAGCUAUGGCGUUUAUGCCAGCAAAAAAAGGCUAGAUUUGCUUGGUACUCAAUCAGGGACAAGACUACAUGAAGAACUUUCUGGUCAAUAAAUGCAUCAUUAAAACAAACAAAUUUGC